CAGCCCUGAAGCCCUUUGUUCUCUACUUCCUCUUUCCCAUUUCCUGUCAGGACCGGUUCCUCUUCAGUCCUUCUUUCCUUUGGGACUCUUUACGACGACCGGCGCAGGACGACCAGUGUCGUUGUAUUCUGCAUCCUUGAGAAUCUUUGUGGAGGUUUUUAUUGAAGUUUCGACAUUGAAGAUGGCCCCUCUUCCACCUCCUGCUCCUGCAGCUACACAAUGGCUGGUCUCAACCUUUUUCCCGAUAGCAGACAAUGAAUUUGCUGGUGCUGUCGUUGUUAAUUUAUUCGCCAUUCUUUCCUCUAUUGCUUUGCUCAGUAUCGUCAUUCGUGUGUUUUGGCUGCUUGUUCAACGACUGUGUGGGCACAGUAUUUCGCAUUAUCGGGACUACGCUUUCUUCAGCACACAAUUCGGAUAUUACGCCGCAUGUCUUCUUAUCGCCAACACGGCCAAUAGCGUCGCUGGGCUGAUGGGUCUGCCAUUUUUGAUAAAGCGAGGGAUAGAUGAAGGGGCACUUUGCACUACUCAAGCCGUCGUCAUGCAAUUCGGGAAUGUUGCCAGUGCAUAUUUUACUGUGGUUAUUGGUAUUCACACUUUCAUCUCCCUGGUCCUCCGCAAACGCCAAUCCGUUUUCGUGUACGCACCCGCGAUCUUCGUUGGAUGGGCGCUAGCUCUUGUCGUAUCUGUCCUUCCUAUUAUGAUUGACAUAGGAAAAGUGUACGGCGUCUCGGGCCUGUCAUGUGGCGUAAAAAUGAUCUACGGAAAGACCAUAUUCUUUUUCCACCUCUUCCCUAUCUUCUUGGCUGCGCUUUCGUCAGCAAUUUCUUACUCGGUCAUCUUCCUGCUUCGUGGUUCGCUUGCAGCGAAAGGUGGAUCAAGGCUCAAUAACGAUAACAAUGAUAGCUAUGAGCGCUUUGUUGCCGGUAUCGCACGAAGCAUGCUAUGGUACCCGGUCGCCUAUAUCGUUUGCUUGGUACCAUAUGCCGUUGUUAGACUGCUCUCGUUGGUGUCUAGGCACAAAAUUCCUUUCGCGGUGACGGUGGUUGCAUUUACUUUGUGGUUUGCUCUUGGCGUGGUCAAUGCGAUGCUGCUGUACAAUACGCACCGAGUUCUGACACCUGCAUUCGAUGGGAAAACCAGUAAUAAGAAGCGACAGACGGAGAUGUCAUUUGGGACCUUGGACGCUUUUAAGAGGCUAACGACAAUCGCCGAAAUGUCUCCCGAAAAUAAUUCUUCAGAAAAAAUGAUUAACGAGUACCGCCGUGGAUUUGGAGGGGAACAGCCUUUUUCUCCCGUUAUCGAAACGUCCUCUCAACGUGGCUUGUUAAUGAAUACCAGGAAUGGACGCGCCAGCAUUUCGAGCUACUAUAAUUCUGAUAUUCCCGAAACAUACGCGCGCAACAUUACGCCCGUGGCCGAACUGAACAAGAGUCUUGAAGCUGAGUUGCCAUCGUCAAAUGGCAAUCAUCAGCACAAAGACUCUUCCUCCACGGUUGCCAGUCUCCCAGCUCCCCCGCGACGUCUUCGUACACCCCCGGUGGCACUGCGGCCCCUCGAAACUGCUAGGUCUUUCCCGCCGCCUGUUCAUAGGAGCAACCCGUCACUCAGUUCAUUGAGCUCCCGAGCCCAAUCCCCCUUACCUAUGUAUUCUGACACGGCGCCGGAGAUGACAGCUCUGAACAACCACCAGAAUAGUUCAUCAAUCGGCUCUUCAGUUGAAUUGGACAUUUCAGGGUGGUUGGCUCGUCAGAACCCAGACGGUUCAAUGCCUUCGGGAGUACGGAAUAAACCGAUGUUGAGUGCCGUGCAACCUUCUUCCCCAAGUCCCUUCACAGACACCACGACAUUACCUUCCGCCAAGCUACGACCUUUGCUACUUGCUAGUGUAGAGAGGACCGGUUCUCCUAUACUAGCGCAGCAUUACCGUAAGAUCUAUAGCCCGACGGCUGCGCACUCACCUCGAUGAUAAAUGUGCACCGUUCUCAUGGUUGUUGCGUACACGGUACCUUUUUUGUUCUUCUCAUGGCUGGCACAACAUUUGUACCAUUUAUUUCGUUUCGUGUCAUGUCGACAACCCCAUUCAUUGCAAGUAACCUUUCGUUCAGAGGACAAUCAUUGUAUUAUUAGCAAUAUAACUUCGAUGGUACUAUUGGGACGUCCAAAAUACUAUUCAAGCAAGAAGAACAGAGGUGGUCACAUGGACAUACGUCGAUCGAGUACAAUUUGCGUCUUCGUCGUCGGCACGCUGGAAUCCGUCAAAUCGUUCUUAGAAUCGACCCUCCAUCAACUCCUCAGCCAACUAACCUGAUUGACCUGCUGCCCCCGUCCGUGCGAUAUUCGAAUUAAGUAUGAUUCGAUUGGCUUGUGCACGGGUUGCGUGGCUGCAGCUUUGCUCGGGUUGUAAGGGAUUUGGCCACACUGUAGCUGUCUUGUAUAGUCGAGUAUAAGGCUCUUAUGAAGAUUUCUUGCACUAUAAU